AUGGGAUUAUCUGUGAGACGCAGGAAUUACUAUAUGGAUUUUUCUGGCAAGACGAUUAGGGUAAGAAGGCAAGAACCGGUUCUUGUCCGUCCAGCUGGAGAGACGUUCAAUGGGUUGUUCUUGUUGUCCAAUCUUGACCAGACAUUUCCUCGCCCUAUUGAGGUUCUGCUUGCCUUCAAAACAUCAAAAGAAAAUGCCCCUCAAAUACUUAAAGACUCCUUGGCUAAAGUCUUGGUCGAGUUUUAUCCAAUUGCUGGUUGCCUUGCAAGAGGAUGGGAUGACAAAAUUUUGGUUCGAUGCACAGGAGAAGGAGUGCCAUUCGUUGAAGCAGUUUCAGAUAACCAACUUGAUGAUGUCGGCGACAUUACCAUUCUUGUGGAAGAAAAGCUAAGAAACUUUGUUUGCUGCAUGCAGGAUGGUGUGGAAGAUAACAUCUUGGAUGUGCCUUUGCUGCAAGUGCAGGAAAAGCUUAGCAAACAUGCUAUUAACCUUAUUCUAGAGAGAGUAGUAUAUGCGGUAACAACAUUUAAAUGUGGAGGAAUGAUUCUGGGAAUAACAGCGUCCCAUGUCAUUGCCGAUGGUAGAGCCUUCAUGAAUUUCAUGGUCAGCUGGGCUGAAGUUGCAAGAAGCAAUCCGAUAUCCCUCCUUCCCGUUCUAGAUCGAUCCUUAUUGUCUCCAAGACAACCUCCCAAAGUUUUCUUCCCUCACCAUGAAUACGAAACCAAACCAAGAAAAAAACAGUCUAGUCCACGGGAUCAAGAUCAAGAACCAUACAUGUACCGAUCCUUUUGCUUCACACCCGAAAAGCUUAAACAACUCAAGAAAAUGGCUACUGAUGACCAGUUCAGGGGACCAGCCACAAGCUUUGAAGUGAUAAUGGCAUUAGCAUGGAUUUUCCAGACUAAGGGGUAUAAAUUCAAACCAAAUGAAACUACAAAACUUUUGAUUGCAGUUGACGGAAGACCUAAAUUUGGUCCAUCUUUUCCAGAAGGCUUCUUUGGGAACGCCAUUGGUUGGGCAUGUGCUCAAUCCAAAGCAGGUGAGUUGCUGAAAAAACCAUUUCCAGCGGUAGUUAAGAUGGUGCAUGAUGCCCCGAAAGUGGUGACUGAAGCGCACAUAAGGUCAGCCAUAGAUCUGUAUGAAGUGAAAAGAGCUGAGCUUGAAUCAGAGAAUUCAUAUUGUGCCAGCAAAUGGAGUAAGCUGGCUUUCUAUGAUUCGAAUUUCGGCUGGGGACAUCCUUCGCAAGUUGCUCCAGCAUCACUUGGGAAUGAGUUUAUGGUGACCCUUGCUCAAGGAAAAGAUAGUCAAAAUAUCAUUUUGUCGUUAGGUCUGCCUCAAUCUGCCAUGGAGAUUUUCGAGGAGCUGAUGCUAAUGGAGCUCCAACGGAUCUAA